AUGAUAAGUAUGUUAAAGCGACAAAAGUUAUCAAAAAAAACGUACAAUCCAAAAUGGGAUGAAACAUUUUCCAUCCCCCUCUACCAUCCUGGGAGUACCAUUGAAUUUCGUUUUACAGAUUAUGAUACAUUCAAAAAGAAUGAUAAUUUCGGAUACAUUAAACUUAAUCUCGAGUCAAUACCAAUUGGAAAAGUUGUGGAUGAAUGGUAUCCACUGACACCAUCUAAAUCAGGCAAAAAAGUUGGCGAAGCUCACUUUGUCAUGCACAUUGCCCCUGAAACCCAUGAACCAUUCACGCCAUUUGAUGGUCCUGCAGAUUGGACACGCAAACCUCCAGCUAAACCACUUCCAUUAUCUGUACCAUAUCCAUUCCCACCAGAUGCUACUCCAGGAGAACUCAUCGUUCAAGUUUUCUACGAAAAUAUGUAUGGAGUAGGACGUGUCGAAUUACUUCGAGGUGAUGCUGGAUAUGAUCAUCUCAAAACUCAGUCACGUAACCAAAAAGAAUUUGAAGAGAGUUUAAAGCUUUGUACAGUUCCUGCAGAUUGGACAUAUUGUGAGAAUUCCACACCAAAAUGUUCAUUUCAAUACAAUACUCCACUCUGUGUACCACUAUCAUUCCCACCGGAUGCUAAACCAGGUGAGUACGUAGCUCAGGUAUAUCGACGGAAAGGACGUAAUAUUGUUCCUGAUCAUAUCCGAAGAGGCAAAACAGCUAUUGAAUUUCUUCAGUGUCUUACCCUUUACCAUCCAGAAGAAUUUGAUAAAUGUCUUAAACUUUGUACAGUUCCAUUUCAAGGACAAUACCCUCCUCAAGGACAGUACCCUCCAGAAGAUCAAUAUAUUCCUCAAGGACAAUUAUUACAAGGCCAAUAUCCACAAUAA